CCAGAUCACCCUUCUGAGCACUUCUCUGCCCGCCGAAUAACUGAGGCCAUUAGAGUUUGAUUCCAUUUCUCUGCUCCAGGCACAAGAUAAGCCCACCAAGCUGGGGUGGCCUCAUUCGGGUGAUGGCUCCCUGUGCCGGCUGCUUCCUGUUGGCAGUGAUGUUUUCUGCCAGCUGUAAAGCCAUCACCUCCUCAGAUCAGAUGUGCACUGAGAAAGAAGCCAACAAAACAUAUAACUGUGAAAAUUUAGGUCUCACAGAAGUUCCUGACACUCUACCAAACACAACAGAAUUUUUAGAAUUUGGCUUUAAUUUCUUGCCUGUAAUUGAAAAUACAACUUUCACCAGACUCAUAGAUCUUAUGUUUUUGGACUUAACCAGGUGCCAAAUUAACUGGGUACAUGAAGACACUUUUCAAUACCAGCAUCAGUUGAACACAAUUGUAUUGACUGGAAAUCCCCUGAUAUUCAUGGCAGAAACAGCAUUUAAUGGGCCCAAAUCGCUGAAGCAUCUUUCCUUAAUCCAAACAGGAAUAUCCAAUCUCGAGUUUAUCCCAGUGUAUAAUCUGGAACAGUUGGAAAGUUUGCAUCUUGGAAGCAACCAUAUUUCCUCCAUUAAGUUCCCAGAGAACUUCCCAACACAGAAUUUGAAAGUCCUGGAUUUUCAGAAUAACGCUAUAUACUAUAUCUCGAGUGAAGACAUGAAUGCUCUGGAGAAGGCCAACAACCUAAGCCUUAAUUUCAAUGGCAAUGACAUUAAAGCCAUUGAGCCUGGAGCUUUCCAUUCAAAAAGCUUCCAAAGUUUGAAAUUUGGAGGGAUUCUUAACUUGUCUGUUAUAUUAAAAGGUCUACAGAACUCCACUACUCAGUCUCUCUGGCUGGGGACAUUCGAAGACUCUGAUGACCAAGACCUUACUCCAGCCAUGCUUGAGGGACUUUGUGAAAUGUCUGUGGAAAGCAUCAAUCUACAGAAGCACCAUUUCUCUAAUAUCUCAUCUACCACAUUUCGCUGCUUCACUCAACUUAAGGAAUUGGAUCUGACGGCAACUCACCUGAAAGCAUUGCCCGCCGGGAUUGAGAGUAUGAAUGCUCUCAAGAAAUUAGUUCUCAAUGUAAAUAAUUUUGACCAAUUGUGUCAGAUCAAUGCUGCCAGUUUUCCAUCCCUCACAGACCUCUCUAUCAAAGGCAACAUGAAAACACUUGACUUCGGUGCUGGGUGUUUGGAAAAACUAGAAAAUCUUCAGAAACUUGAUUUAAGCCACAAUGAUAUAGAAGCUUCCGACUGCUGCAAUCUGCAACUCAAAAACCUGCCCCACUUACAAUACCUAAACCUGAGCUACAAUGAGCCUCUUGGUCUUCAGAGUCAGGCAUUCAAAGAAUGUCCUCAGUUAGAACAUCUAGAUUUGGCAUUUACCCACUUGCGCAUUAAGGCUCCACAAAGUCCUUUUCAAAACCUCCGUCUCCUACAGGUUCUGAAUCUUUCUCACUGUCUCCUGGAUACCAGCAAUCAGCACCUUCUAGCAGGCCUGGUGGAUCUCCGCCAUCUAAAUUUACAGGGGAAUCACUUUCAAGAUAGGCGCAUCUCAAAGACCAACCUACUUCAGCCCUUGAACAGCUUGGAGAUUCUUAGUUUAUCCUCCUGUGACCUCCUUUCCAUAGACAAGCAAGCAUUCCAGAGCCUUGGAAAAAUGAGUCACAUAGACUUAAGCUACAACAGCCUGACGGGCGAUAGCAUCGAUGCUCUUAGCCAUCUUCAGGGGAUCUACCUCAAUCUGGCUGUCAACAGCAUCCACGCCAUCCCACCUCUUCUCCUCCACACCCUGUCCCAGCAGAACACCAUUAACUUAAGCCACAAUCCCCUGGACUGCACUUGUUCGAACAUACAUUUUAUAACAUGGUACAAAGAAAACCUGCAGAAAAUUGAGGGUGUGGAGGAAACCAUGUGUGCAAACCCUCCAUCUUUAAGGGGAGUUAAACUGUAUGAUGUCGAACUGUCCUGUGGGAUUACGGCUGUGGGCAUUUUCUUUCUUAUAGUAUUUUUACUCUUCAUUGCCAUUCUGCUCGUUUUUUCAGUUAAAUUCCUCCUCAGGUGGAAAUAUGAGCACAUUUAGUGCUGAAGCUUUCUGGAUAUGGCAAAUGAAUGUGUUUAGGGAAACUGCCCCAAGUAAAGGAACUGUUGUCUGUUGUUGGCUGUCAGAAUUUUCAGAUUGGUUCCUGCAGCUGGACAGGACUUGUUGUGCUUUUCUGAGUCCCAGAGCUAAUGAACCUUCCUGGAAUGUAAACUGACUAGGACCAGGGGACCAAACAACAGCUGUGAGAGACACAGAGCCAUUUGCUCACAUGAAAGGUGGUUGGAGGACCCGUGGCAGGGAAAGGCCAGGAGAGGAAUGUUCGAGGAGGUGAUCUUCCUUCCACUCACGGACACUUCCCGAAGCAGCACCCACCCUGACCCUAAAAGGAGACCAACAACCACAACUUGGCGGCACUGGUGAACCCAGUCCAAACUCUGUCUCCUGUGGCUUGGGCAUCGUGCUUGGCUCUGAGUCCUCAAUAAGACAGUCAUUUGAGAAACAUGUUGAGGAUAAAGUCUCAAUGCUUUUUUUUUUUAAUGAAAAAGGGAAUACACAAGGGAAUUUAAAAGAAGAGGCUGAGAAAUGAAUUGUGACAUCAACUUCAUUUAUCUCCUUAAUUCUAAGUCUCUAAGGUCUCUACAAUUCCACUAGGGUGUAAAUAGGUACAAAAAAACAAAACAAACAAAACAAAACAAAACAAAACAAAACAACCAAGAAGCAAAAACCACCCCACCAGUUCCCCAACCCUCAAUCUAGGAUUUUUGCUACAUUGGCCACUCUCACUUCAGAACCACGGAAGUUUCCUACCGAUCUUGUGUGCUUGGUCUUAUAUUACAAAUCCUACUUUACACAUGGCUGUGGCCCAAAUGCUCUUCUCAUUUGAAUGUCUGGUCCUUAGAAGCUUUUUUCCCACAGGAACUAUGAGAUAAAUGGUGGUUUGGUUCCCAGGGCAUCUCUCAAAAGUCUAUUCACCUGGGAUAGCAAUUGAGCUAGUGCAUUUGCAAUGAAAACCAGUGGAAGAAAGCAUCACUGUGCUCUAGCUGUCCACAACACAAUACUCUGGCUCAGUGAGUUUCUGUUGAGUCUGAGGGUGUCAGCAAUGAUUGUACCAGUGGAAAAGAUUAGACAGGACCAUUGAAUGUAGAGAGAGAGAGAAAGGACAGAGAAGCAGAAAGUGUUAGGAUUUAGGCCUUGCAUGACCCAAAGGGUCCAUUCCUAUAAGGCUUGAUUUUCUGUGGUCUGGAAUGGUGGACAAGAGCUGAAAUCUCUUGUAUUCAGGGUGUUGCAUUCAUAGGACCUUAAGUUCUGUAACAAAUUUUAGGCUAGAGGUGGUAACUCGAGUUAUGGAAAUCUGAUUGGAAUAUCAAAAAAAAAUUAACUUUCAUAUCCAAUCAGAAUUUAUUAGCCCUUAUGUUGGGGGUCUAACAGUGGGACAUAUUAACAGAGUGGAAACUUGGGAACCAACCUCUCUUUACCGCUAUAUCCCCCAAGAAUGGCAAAAAAGACAGGAAAUAGUGAAGAAAUGCCAUAAACCUCUCCUGCAGUUGCUCUGCUUGUCUUGGAGUCUUGGGGGAUUUUUUGGGCGUAGUACUAGGUGGGAGGCCAAGUUUUCCCAGAAAAUCUUGGUUAACAACACAAGGUAAAGGGACAGAGGUGCUUGCCUUGGGCACAGAAUCUAAGGGGAAACCAAAAAACCUCAGUAAUCAAGACAAAAAUAUUUUAACGCAAUAUUUUAAAAACUUUUGAUUAAUGAAAAAAAUCUGUGAUAAAUAAAACAACAAAAUUUUUAAAAAUGGCAUCCAAAAUAGUCCCAUGCUGAACCAUGUUAGGGCCUGAGACAAAAGGAAAAAUCAGUAAUACUGAUCCUGCCUCUGUUUAAAAUUUUGGUAUUUUGUUCAUGGUUGAUAUUUUGCAUUAGUCUUUUUUAAUUUAAUAUUGCAUUAAAAUAUUAUCUUCAUUACUGAUUUCUUUGGUGCACCCUUAAAUUUAGCACCCAAGGUGGGUGUCUCACUGGUCUCACCCUAUUCCUACUGUGAGAAAUACUAAGAAGGAGGUACCCCAGUUAACUCCCAGGCCACAGUUUACCCAGGGCCUAUUAGCAAGCAUAUUAUCUCAAAGUUAUUCUGAAGGGCCUUUCCCUUCCCCCUUACUUUCUGGAAGCAGGUCAAAGUGUCCGAGAGCUUACACCUUCUUCACCUUCUUCCGCAUCCUCAGGUAACUCCCAACUCAAAGGCAUCCUUCCUUCAAAGUGGAGAGAGGUAGCAGAGAUGAAAGGGUACUAUAUCCCCUUGAGCUCUAGGUGGCCUGGGGACCUGGUGAGUGGGCACGGGCAGAGCACCACUCUGCUAAUGCAAUGAAACAGCACACAAUUAGCUGCUUUAAUUACCUUGAGUAUCAGUGUUUGGGAAAACAGGUGCCUGAAAAGGAAGUUUUCCUCAGCUUUCCUGAGGGAGCCCUGGAGAGGCAGUCACUUAAAGAUGUGCAUGGAAGAAGUAAGUGCUAGAAAUAUGAGGAAUGGGGACACACCCAUCAUCCCCCUUUCUUCCUUCCCUGGCCCUAAGGAGGGUGGAACAACAUUCCAAGAAGCCCAGUUUGAGCCACUGCUGUAUUGGUAUUGGCCUUGAGUGUGGCAAUGACCAAGACUUUUUUCAUUGAAUUUUGGGCUCAGAAGGGACCUAAGGCAGAAGCGGGCAUGGCUGCCUUGGCCAGCCUCUGUCAGUGUGUGGAACAGGCAGCUUCCUAACUGGUGCUACACUAAAGACCCCUCUUUCUAGGGACGUGAAGGCAGUGUUAGUUUAUAAGUUCAGGCAGCCAACCCUCCUGAGUCAAGAGAGAGAGCAUCCCUGCCAACUACACCACCCCAUGCUGCUCACUCUUGUGCAAGAGCCAUUCACCUUUGAGGAUUCAGGCAGGAAGGUAGCAGGACACAUAGUUCAUUUGUUUUGUUGAUUUCAUUAAUUUGCUUGUACCAAAUUAAAUGAUCACCUCUGGAAACUCUGGGAACUAUUCCUGGUAGUGACCACAAAGAUGCAAAAACCAUGCUCACUGUUUCCUCCUUCUCUGCCUUUUCUUUUUAUUUCUCUUUCCUUUUUCUUUGCUGUUCCUUCCCUUCUCUCCUUUUCUCCUUUUCUCUCUGUGCUUCCCUCCUUCUCUACUGGUUUCAUGCUUUCCUUCCUUCUUUCAUCCAUAUCAGACAGGAUGGAACUCAACACUCUAUGAAUCCAGUCUAAGACAGAACCAGAAUGCACUGAGUUCCCUCGCAUUCUAGCAAAUUUAAGCUCUUUCUUGACUGCAGGAUUUAAGCCGUAGAGAUGAUAUACUAAUCGCUGUCUUACCACUCUAUAGCCACAUGGUUCUCCGUAAUGGUUAAUGUGUUAAAACAGAAACAAAAGUAUUCUGUGGAAUAUCUGUGAUGCAGAUUGCAUCACAUGAUAGAUGGGAGGGUCCUAAGCCCUAGCAAAAUGUAAUUGCCCAUCUUGCUUUCAUUUAUCAGGGGUGUGCCCCUUCCCUGUAAUGCAACUUGCUAUUCUGUAACUGCACACUGAUCUAAGGCUUUGUGACAGCUCCUCUGUUUUAAGCAACAGUAAAUUCACCCUACAAAGUCAGAAAGGCAGCUUUUUGAUAGCUGCUGUCAAUUUUAUUGCUUUAUCCUGGUUACUAGGAUAGAAUCUGUAGACAUGGUGUGUUUAUUGGUUUUAUGUAUCGUAUGUUGUUACUGCUCUGACAAGCUAUUCCUAUAAAAAUGUGUUAUUAUUGCAUGUUGUAGCUCAGUGAGCUGACCCUGCAUUUCAAAGUGUACUGAAGCAAAUAGCAUUGAAGUCCAUAAAAGUUGACUGGCCUCCAUCACAGAGGACUCUCUGCGUGAGCUGCAAUUCCCACAAUCUGAUAGCAAAUUAUACCUUUCCCCAGAGCCAGCAGCCAUCACUGCUAACUGAACAUAGCACAGACACAAACACAGGCACGAUCAGUAAAAUUUCAAGACAGGAAGCUGUCAUACCAUUCCUACUUGUCCAAUUCCUCAAGAAGUGUCAUUUGUAAUUUUGAAGCUUACAAAAGUAUGAAAUAAAUGGCUUUUCAAUG